ACAUCAUUUCCGCUUGUGUUUGUUCCUGUCGUGGCGGGAAUACGCGAUACAAUCCGACGACAUGGAUGUUGAGAUGAAAGAGACAGAAAGUGUUCAAUGUCAAGUCGACGCGCCGUCUAAAAAAGAGGAUAAUGCACCUAAAUCAUCGACGACUGCUUAUGAACUACCAUGGGUUGAAAAAUACAGACCUCUAAAGUUGAAUGAAAUUGUCGGGAACGAGGAAACUGUCAGCAGACUGGAGGUGUUCGCAAGAGAAGGAAAUGUGCCCAACAUCAUCAUUGCUGGUCCUCCUGGUACUGGAAAAACUACCAGCAUUUUGUGUCUGGCUAGAGCUCUUCUUGGUCCAUCCAUGAAAGAUGCUGUGCUGGAGCUGAAUGCCUCCAACGACCGAGGAAUAGAUGUCGUGAGAAACAAGAUCAAAAUGUUCGCACAACAAAAGGUCACGUUACCAAAAGGUCGCCACAAGAUUAUCAUUUUGGAUGAAGCUGACAGUAUGACAGAUGGGGCUCAGCAGGCUCUGAGAAGAACCAUGGAGAUAUAUUCUAAAACCACACGCUUUGCCCUGGCCUGCAAUGCAUCAGAUAAGAUCAUCGAGCCCAUUCAGUCCCGCUGUGCGGUGCUGCGUUACAGCAAACUGAGAGACGAGCAGAUCAUGAUGCGUCUGAUGGAGGUGGUAGAAAAGGAGAACUUGCAUGUCACCAAUGAUGGCCUUGAAGCCAUCAUCUUCACUGCUCAGGGGGACAUGAGACAGGCUCUGAAUAAUUUGCAGUCAACAAAUUCUGGAUUUGGCUACAUCAACAGUGAAAAUGUUUUCAAGGUGUGUGAUGAGCCUCAUCCUCUGCUGGUUAAGAGUAUGCUGGAACACUGUGUCAAUGCUAACAUUGAUGAAGCCUAUAAGGUAAUUGAACAGCUUUGGUUGCUAGGAUACUCACCAGAGGACAUAAUCGGAAACAUCUUUAGAGUUUGUAAGACCUUACAGAUGCCCGAAUAUUUAAAGCUGGAAUAUAUAAAGGAGAUCGGGUAUACUCAUAUGAAGGUGGCAGAAGGGGUGAACUCUCUAUUACAGAUGGCUGGACUGUUGGGUCGACUUUGCAGCAAGACUGCGACACCAGAUGCAAGCUAAAGGCCAAUGUGACCGACCAAACAAUAACUAGUCCUCAUUGUUCUUAAUGUACUUUUAUAUAAAAUAAAAAAUAUAUUGUUGUAAAAAAGUUACAAUCUGCAAUAAAAAUUAAUAAAAAAUACUUCAAAUGUUUGAGAAGGA